AUGGAAAAAGGUCCUUGGAUAUUUGUGGAAGAUGAUGGAUAUGUGUCACCGUCCUUAUACAGUGUCCCAUCACACUACUCUCCUUAUAUUGGAGGCAUAUUUGUGCCUCGAGGGAUGAUCCAAGACAGGAUAAAGAAAAUCGCUGAAGAUGUUAUCAACUAUUUUCAAGACCAUCCUAUAACCCGUUGCUAGCUAUUUAAUAGGAAUUUUUUCCUCCUAUGAAUUUUCUGAGAUUUUUGGGCAUGCUUUUGCCUGAUGAGACAAUUGCUCGAAAAAAUCUAUUAAAAUUCUAUUAGAUUUGCCAUGAGGAAAAAAAUUUUGACCAAAUAAAUGCGACACGGAGCCCUAUAUAACCAUUCUAGUCGUCCUUAGAGGUGCUUUCCGUUAUGCCAAAGAUUUGAUAGAAGCUAUAGAUGCUAUGCCAAACCCUAAUUUCAGACACUACAAUUUAGAAUUUAUUAGAGCCAGAAGUUAUGUGAAUAACGUUCAACAAGAUGUGUUGGUUGAGGGUCUUGACCAACUGGAUUUGACUGGUAAGCAUGUUCUUAUUGUAGAAGAUUUAGUGGAUAGAGGAAAAACCUUAUCAAGAGUUGCAGAAAUCGUCAGAGAAAAAAAUCCAGCUGAUUUAAAAAUAAGCGUUUUAGCUUAUAAAAGAAACCCUAUCAACCAGUGGGUUGUGCCUGAUUUUAUAGGAUUUUCGUUGCCAAAUGACUGGAUUAUUGGAUAUCAUAUAGACUAUAACAACCAUUUUAGAGAUCUCCCUCAUAUCUGCAAGUUGAAUGAAGCUGGAAUUGAAAAAUUUAGAGUUUAA